UUGGCGCAGGUAUUUGAGAUUGAAAGAAUGUGUGGACUUCUGACAAGUUCGUGAGCUUGUAAGCCAAAGUUUGCCGACUCGUUUCUUCCUCAAGCUGGCCAUCCAGUUGGUUUUUGAAGAUAAUUUUUUGGGGAUUGGGGUUCUGGAAGAGGGACCGAUUCUGAUGGGUGCUGUGGCUGAUGACAAGUUGGGGGACAACAUUUUGUGGGAAACGAUGUCGUUGUGAGUGGAGAUGAAACUGGCACAGAAGGUGAGGAAAGAUGGGAGCUUGGGUAGCUCAAACCCUAAAACAUCGCCGCGUGAGAUCUCCCCUUUGCUUGCCGCAGCGAUGGAUCGCGCAAGCAUGGCGGAUGUCAGAAUUGUGGAGUACGAUGUCUGGAACGAUAUGGGGCGGCGAGAAUCUCACCCAGAUAGUGGAAUCGCCGCUCGGGGGCUUGAGUUGUCGGAAUCGUAGCAGUGUUGGAGGGGACGAUGACUUGACUGGGUUGAAGACGACGCCAUCGUCACCGCGAGUGGAGAGGACGCUUCGUGAGUUCAGACGACAUGCUCCUGUUGAAGAAGCUUCAACGCCGCCCAGUGCGUGGUACACCGAUGCCGAGUUUGCGGACUUCGAGAUAGAUCGCGUGUUUGGGCGAUGUUGGCAAGCUGUUGGGCAUAUCAAGCAGAUGGAGGAGCCGGGCAGUUUCUUUACAGGCAGGGUAGGCAAGACACGCUACGUGGUGUGCAAAGAUGGAGAGGGGCAAAUUCGAGCGUUCCACAAUGUUUGCCGCCACCACGCUGCGGCGGUGGCGUCGGGUUCCGGUUGCACACAUUCUUUCGUUUGCCCCUAUCAUGGAUGGACUUAUGGGUUAGAUGGACGAUUACAGAAGGCCAGUCGACUUGCGGGCAUCCGUAAUUUCUCGGCCCGAGAGAAUGGAUUGGUGCCCAUCCGUACAGCAACUUGGGGUCCUUUUGUGCUCAUUAGCUUGGCAGAGAGCAAAGCUUCAGAAGCUAGCAGCGAUGUCGAGGAGGGCUGGUUGGGCUCCGCCGGGCCUACUCUGUCUUCUGCGGGAAUAGAUAGCACUAUGCAACAUGUGGCCACUCGUGAAUAUGUGAUCAAAUGCAACUGGAAGGUUUAUUGUGAUAAUUAUCUGGAUGGUGGUUACCAUGUACCCCAUGCACACUCCUCUCUUGCUGCGUGUCUUGACCUUCCCUCAUACUCUACAAGUCUGCUGGAGAGGGUGAGCAUUCAGAGUUGCGGUGCAGCGAAGGAAAGUGGAUUAGUAAGAGUUGGAAAUGUAGCAACUUAUGCAUUCGUGUACCCAAAUUUCAUGAUCAACAGGUAUGGGCCAUGGAUGGAUACAAAUUUAGUGAUUCCCAUUUCGAUGUCAGAGUGUCGGGUGAUAUUUGACUGGUUUCUUGAACCCUCUCUAGUGCAUGACAAGGAGUUCAUCGAUAGCAGCAUUGCAGACAGCGAGGUGGUGCAGAAGGAAGACAUAAUAUUGUGCGAGGAUGUGCAAAAUGGAUUAUCGUCACCAGCAUACGAUGUUGGACGCUACGCCCCUCGUGUGGAGCAAGCUAUGCACCAUUUUCACUGCCUAAUUUAUGACGACCUCUCUGCAGGAAUGAUAUCGUGACUCUUAAACGUUCAGGUUAUUUGGCAGGUAAUCAAUGCUGAUAGGCCUAGUGAGUGUGCAGCAAUUGACAAUUCCUCUGCAUGCAUUGGGUAAAAUACCAGGGAUAGAUGCGAAAUUGAAAUCAACUUUUACCUUUGAAGAAGGUGGUGACGCACAGAAGCAGUGAAAAUGGCAUCACAAGAUUGAAGGCGGGCAAUUUCAGCUCGUUAAAAACCUGCCUCUUACAACAGCUCUGAAUAUUACGAACCAAUUGGUAAACAGGAUGGCUUUGACAACCUUCGCUUGAAUGUAUGCAUUUGGAGGGUUAUUGAGCAAAAGAAACCAGAUUGUUGCACAUUAGAAAAGAAGAAUGCUCCUGAGGAAGCGUGAGAGCAAGUACAAUGCAAUGAUUUGAUCAGAGCCUAAUCCUGUGUUACUUAAAUUUUCAAUAUUCUACAUUUAGUUAUUUAUUUUAUCUUUUUAUGUUGUAGUAUCAUGCAAGAUAUUAUGCUGCUAAGUUUUGAUGAAGUAUGAUUUUUCUUUAUUUUUU